AUGGUAGAGGCAAACGCACCCGCGGUACCGGCCGCCGAGGACGAGUCAGCGUCCGUCUCGAGCCGUGGUGACGGAGAAUCGAGCGGCGACGACGUCGACGUCUCGUCCCCGCGAGGACCUGCCUCCUCGGCCGCGGGGAACAAGCGGAAGCGUGUCAAGUACCAGAAGACGUCCUGCGAGCUGUGCAAGGCCCGCAAGGUCAAGUGCGAUCGAGCCGAGCCCGCGUGCUCGUGGUGUGCUCGCCACAACCGGUCAUGCGUCUACCUCGAGAGGCAGAAGCCCGGCAGCCGCAUCGGCUUCGCCCUCGAGCUCGAGUCAAAGGUGAACCGGGUCGAUGCGCUGCUGCAGACCCUCUGGCGCCGCGUCGAGGACCACAUCGCCUACGAUCAUCAUCAACCCCCCCCUCCCGCCGGCACGCUGGCGUCCGACGUCGCCGGCCGCAACCCUUCGCACCUCGACGGCUACCUCGCGCCGUCCGAAAGCAUCCCGCCGCCGAGGUCGGCCGGUCUUCAAUCCAGCACGCCGCCCAUGGCCCAGGGAAGGACGUCGGCCUCCUUCCCCACCCCGCCUUGGCAGGGUUCGGAGCCUGCCGAUGGCCAGGCCGGUGCCGGUGCCGGUGCCGCCGCCUCGUCCGUUCCCCCGCCGCCGCCGACGAGCGACCCUCCUCCCGCCGCCGCCGCCGCCGCCGCCGGUGACUCCGUCCAUGCAACAUCCUAUGUCGCUUCCCACAUGCCCCGUGGGCAAGCGGGCACCUCGUCGUCGGCUGCCGGUGCGGACCUGCCGCCGCACGACAUCAUCUACACCCUCGUCGACCUGUACUUCAAGCACUGCAAUACCUGGUGCCCGAUUCUCGACCGCAAGACCACCUUUGGCAUCUUCUUCGGCUCCACGUCGCAGGGCGAGGCCGACCGCAUUCUCCUGCACGCCAUCGUCGCCACGACGCUGCGCUUCCUCAAGGAUCCCCGGCUGCCGGCCGAGAUGAAGUCGCACCAUCACUCGGUGUCGAGAAACACCGUCAUGAUGUACGCCAUGGAAAACGUCAGCGUCGCCGCCCUUAAGGCCCUCGUCAUCCUCUCCCUCGACGAGCUGGGCACCUCCAACGGCCCGCGCGGCUGGAACCUCCUGUCCCUGCUCGCCCAGAACGUGCGCCAGCUGGAGCUCUGCGACGAGAGCAGCGUGCACCUCUCCGUCGUGGGGGAGGACGCGCCCCGCGUUUCCUCGAUCCGCAACGUCACCGUCGGUCGGCCCGCCUCCUGGAUCGAGGACGAGGGCCGCCGCCGCCUGUGCUGGAUGGUGUACCUGCUGGACCGGUACGCGACCAUCGCGACGACGUUCGACUUCAUGCUCGACGAUCGCAAGAUGCGCCGCGUCCUGCCCUGCUCGUACGACCUGUUCUCGCGCAACGUGCCGGUCGACACGACGCCCCUGGCGCCCAUGCCCGACCAGCAGAGGGCCGCCACCUCGUACGCCGUCGGCAAGUCCGAGCACCUCGGGAGCUUCUCGUACCACUGCGAGAUCCUGCGCAUACUCAGCCGCGUGCACGAAUUCCUCCAGGCGCCCAUCGACGUCGCCUCGUCGGCCGACCUGGCCGACUGGCGCACCACCUACCGCUCGCUCGACGCCGCCCUCGACAACUGGUUGCAGAGCUUGCCGAGCGAGUACAGCCGGAUUUCGGCCCUCUGCCAUUCGGACCCGGCGAGCCGGGUGGCCAACUGGUUCGUGCUGCACAGCGCCUACGUGACGUCGGUCGUGCGACUCCAUUCCUCGGCCGCCUACCCGACGGCCCACUCGCCCAUCUUCGUGCCCUCGCACUACGCCAUGCAUCGAUGCCUGUCGGCCGUGCAGAGCCUGCGCGACAUCACCCAGGACGUCUACGAGGCGAACGGCCUGAACCUCGUCGGCCCGCCCUUUGCCUUUUCGCUCUGGGUAGCCGGCCGACUCCUGCUGGUCCACGCGGCGACCGCUCGCUGUCCCGUCGACCCGAAGAUUGAUUUUUUCAUCGGCAUGCUGGAACAUGUCGGCCAGUACUGGGAAGUUGCCAACAACUAUGCCCGCAUCUUGGCCAGGGUUGUGCGCCGGGGCCGGCAGGGCGACAUGAGCUUUACAACCAUGCGAAAGAGCGCGUACGAUCUCGCCUGUCUGACGGCGACCUCUCGCCGAUCCGGGCUCGAGGAGUCGGCGUCGCGAUCGGUGUCCUUGAGCGAGUUGGACAACUUGGACGUCUUCGACUUCUUUCAUUAUCCCAAAGUCCCCGAGCCCGUUCUGAGCUUGUCGAGCGGCCUUCACCAGCAGCAACAGCAGGGGGUCGGGGGCGAGGCGAUUCGCAGCAGUGCUCUGCCGGACCCGGAGUCGGACUGGUUGGGGUUCCCCUCAUGUCUCAACGCCGGACCGGGUACCCUCAACCUUGCAAAGACUCCACAGCUCCAGAAAGGCCUUCCUUUCCUCUGGAAGGCGUCUCACUUGCCGGCACUAUGGCUUUGGCUUGCAGCUCUGCCUGGCCGGCUCAUAGAUAGCCUUCUACCCGUCCCUCCUCCUACAGACAAUGAGCAGGCGACGACGACGAGUGCGAGCACUGCUGCUACAACAAUGCCACGUGGUUCCGCGCUUCUCUACGACCAGCCUAGCAUUCCACGGUUCCUUGUCAAGUUCUCACGGCGGCACUGGAAUGCCGGACGCCACAGAGCCGAGACGAUGCCUGCUAAUUGCCUUUUCGUUGUUUCUCCCAGAGUUCCGGAUGGAGCCCAGACCCAUCGCCGCGUUUCCUGGCUUGCCCAAGCUUCUAUUCUUGGCCUACGCCCCCUGUCUCACCGCACAUCUCGCAACCGUGGCGAAUGCCGCCUGGAUGAGGCCAGCUGCUGCCCUCCGGAUUGGGCAGGUUUCGCGCGGGGAAAGAGGCUGGGAUCGACCCCGAACCGGGAGAUGGACCAGGUUCCUAUCGGCUGUGGGGUGCUGUCUGGGCAGGGGGGCUCGGCAGUCAGUGACCAAUAUCUGCAUCCGUUCACGUACUGGGAACCAGCAGAGACGGGAUGCGAGCUAGUGAAGGAGGCUGUCUAUAUCCCGGCGAGAGUGUCCGCUCAACUGGUCCUAUCUGCCUCUCCCUCUCCCUUUCUCUUCUCCGCUCCUCUUCAAUCCCCGCCGUCGUCGUUUCCCGUCGUUGGUUUCCGUGCUCACGGUCGUACGAACGGGCUGGCGUUGACCUGCCGUCCAUCGUCGCAAAGCUCGGAUCCGCCGUCGCUCACGUCGCGUUGCCCUGGCCGUGACGGAACCGCGGCCAUGGGUCUCUCUGCCAUCCUCGCCGGUCAGCUGGUGCCGAUGCUGCUGUGCCUCGCCGCCCUCUACCUCGUGCGCCAAAUCACUCUCUACCUUGCGCUCCGGCAGUUUCGUGGCCCGCCGUGGACGGGCUUCAGCGACUGGCCCCAUAGUGCGGCCAUGCUGCAAAACAGGUGCCACGAGUGGUACGCGGACGCGAACCAGAAAUACGGCCCCAUCGCCCGCGUGGCCCCUACUGUCCUCGUCACCUCAUCCCCUGACGUAUGGAUCCACGUCAACACGAAGCCCGGCUAUAAGCGCUCCGACUGGUACUACAACGCCUGCCGCAUCGAGCACCGCCGCGACAACGUCUUCAGCCAGACUGAUGUCGCCAAGCACGACCAGCGGAGGAAGCAGAUGGCCCCGGGGUACUCGGGCCGUGAGAACCUGGACCUCGAGGCCUCCAUCGACAGCCGUCUCGGCGAGUUCCUGGCCCUCAUUCGUCGUUCCUACCUCUCGCCCGACCAUGUCGUCCCCAUGGAUCUCGGCCAAAAGGUCCAAUUCUUCACCCUCGACGUCAUCAGCACCGUCGGCCUCGGCAAACCCUUUGGCAUGCUGCGCCGCGAUGCCGACGUGGACGACUACCUUCGCUCGAGCGAGCAGGGGCUCCAAAUAGCCAACGCCGCCCUUGCCAUGGGUUUCAGCUGGCUCGCCCACACGCCCUUUCUCGGCCGCUUCAUCGCCCCCUCGGCCCGCGACCGUAACGGCUUCGGCAAGAUGAUGUCCACCUGCUUCCGCUACGUCGACGACCGCACCGCAAACCCCACCCGCGAGCGAUCCGACAUGCUGGCCUCCUUUAUCCGACACGGCCUUUCGGGAGAUGACCUGCGGUCCGAGGCUCUCGAGCAGGUCAUUGCCGGCUCCGAUACCACCUCGAGCGCCAUCCGCGCCGCGCUGCUGCACAUCAUGACCAACCCCCGCGUCUACACAAGCCUGCAGAAGGAGGUCGACGGCGCCGCGCAGGACGGCGGGGAAGGGCUGGGCAUCAUCCCGCAUGCUCAGGUCAAGCAGCUUCCGUACCUGCAGGCCGUCAUCCGCGAAGCCCUGCGCAUCUGGCCUCCGACGGUCAACAUCUUCUCGCGGGACGUGCCUUCCGGCGGCGACACCGUUGUCGUCGACGGCGAGAGCGUCUACCUCCCAGGCGGUGUGAGCAUCGGCUACUCGGCCUACGGCAUCCACCACAGCGAGCAGGUGUACGGCAGCGACGCCAAGGCCUUCCGGCCAGAGCGCUGGUUGAUUUCAAACCCGGAGAAGCUGGCGGCCAUGACACGCACCAAUGAACUCAUCUUUGGCCACGGCAAGUACCAAUGUCUCGGGAAACCCGUGGCCCAGAUCGAGAUUGGCAAGACCAUAUUCGAGCUGAUGCGAAACUUUGAUUUGGCCAUCAUCAACCCGACGAAGCCGUGGAAUGCACGAAAUUCUCUCGGCCUGUUUACCAUUUCCGACAUGUGGGUGCACGUUACGGACCGGACGGCAUGA